AUGAAGGACCCGCAGCCCGGGGCCGCGCACGCGUGGGGCAGCCCGGGGAGCCCCGCGCGUGGCCCCAGCCCCCGGCAUGACGGCGCGGGCGAGGAGGCGGCGGGGCCCUCGCCGGCCGCUGUCCCCGCGUGGGAGGGGCGGGCCCGGACGCAGCGAUACCUGAGCCCGGUGUGGGAAGAGGAGCUGGAGCCCGCGGGAGCCGCCCGCGGGAGGAAGCCGGAGGCCCCGUCCCCCGACCCGCUGCAGCAGGCGCGGCUCCGGCUGGGCUGCAGCUCGCCCGGGACCCCGCUCUUCCGGAGCUUCUUCGCCGAGGAGUGUCUGGCCAUCGCGCGGCAGCUGCAGCGGCCCGGCCCGGAGCUCGCCGGCAUCGAGGCGGAGCCCCUGCCGCUGGAAACCACCUGGGCUGAGGCGCCGCCGCGCUCGGGGCCGGCUGAGCCCGGCCUGGAGCCGCACGUUCCCCAGCUGCGGGGCCGCUGCCGGAGCCCCGGGGCCGGGCCAGACACCGAGCCGGGGGCACUGCUGGGGCUGCAGCCGCUGGCUCCAGAUACUCUGAACCUCACGGUUGAGCUGCAGGGUCCCGGUCACAGCGGUGCCUCCCUUAGACAGACAACGUUUGAGGUCUCCGCUGCUGAUCAGCUCGGCUCCACCGUGACCCUGCCUGUGGAGAGGGAGCAGCUGGCUGAGCAGUCCCAGGCGGGUGACCCGGAGCGGAGCAGGUCUGCGUAUAGAACCCAGGAGCUGGAAAUCGUCUCCAAUGAAAGCGCCGUUUCCCUAGGCUCCAGCUCCUUUGCGACCUCCACCCCGCUGAUGGGGCCAGCCAAGUUCCACUUUGUGACAGGCAGUCCCCUGGGAGAUGGCUUGGACCAGAGGGACCCAAACGCCUCCAGGCGUUCAGUGCCGAGAGAGCUCCCCUGCCCCAGCCAGGCUGGCUCCAAGUCUGCGGCCCCCGAGGUAGCCCAGAGCGCCGUGCCCCCGUGCGGGAACCUACCCGAAGGAGAGUCCCGUGACAGGGUCACUCUCAAGCCACCUCCGAAGAGUGCUGCCUUGCCUGGCUCUUCCAGAAGCUACGCCAGUACUGAAGGCCAAGCUGCUAUCAAAUCACAGCCCCUGGCCUUUACCACCCCAAGAGCAAGUCGGAGUCUGGCCCUCGCUUCCUUUGAGUCUCGGAAAGCUUCUCGGGAGCUGCUGAGAGCAGGCCUGCCUCCAAGGAGCAGAGGCAUCGCCUCGGAGGGGAAAGCAACAAGACUGUCUCUGGGUAACUGCCGACCCAGCAUGCAGAAAGCAGCUGCCACUGGAAAAACCAGCCAGGGAUCCAACGUGGAGAUCCAGCCUGCUGCCCAACUCCCUGCCAGCGGCACUGUGAAGCGGAGUGCUACAAAGCUACCUUGCAGUGAGAAGUGCCUCUCAUCCCUCCAGCCUCCUACCAAAGGCCCAGGACUUAGCAGCAGCAGCAGACCCUUGCUCAUGGGAUCCCGGGUUUCUGUGUGUCCAGGGAUCCUCUGCAUGAGCAAAGGGGCUGGAGCUCCUGGAACCAAACUCCCAACUCACCCAGGUGCCAGGCUAAGACUAAUGAAGCCCAGACCCAGCAGCAUGCAGCACAUCAAUGGGACCCUGCAGCCAACAUGCACUCUUCCCACUGGGCAUCAAGGAGCCAGAUCCAGCCCCCAGGACAAAGAGACAGAAAGUGUUGCCAAACCUGGCUGCAACAAACUGCCUGUUCGAAGGGCUGCCACCACCGCGAUUCCUGCCAGGGCUCCCCACUCCCGACUGAGACCAACAGGGAGGACAACAGCCUCCCCCAGAAGGCUCCCUUCCCCCAAGCGAGCUCGCCUAGCUAAAGACACUAACUCAGCAGCAGUUGCACAAGCCCUGGAGCCCAGUGGAGGCGAAGGAGACACUGAGGACAGACCAGUGCUGGCUGUGGGGGCAGACUGCACCAGUGCAGGUGGAAUGGCCCAGCCUCAGAGAGGUGGGAAUUCCCCACCUCCUCUCACUUUCCUCCCUGACUCUGCCCUGGAGAGUGGAGGUGCAGCAUCCUCCAUGCAGCUUCCAGAUCAGCUGCUCUCCCAGGAGCUGCAGAGAGUAAGGAGUGAGCUGCAGAGAGUGAAGAAUGAGCUUGCUGCAAGAGAUGCCCAAUGUGAAGCCUAUCGAAGGACGAUCUCCUCCCUGGAGGCCCAGCUGAGGGCAGGCUCCCUCCCGGAGGGCUGGGACACAAAAGACUGUGCCUUGGAAGGCGAGUGACAGCGAAGCAUGGAGGGCCUGUAUCUGCCUGUUACAAUAGCCUCUCUAGCUGGCUCCUCGGAGGGGUGUGCUGCUCUGUACAGUCUGAAGGAAAACCCUGCAGCCCAGCGCCUGGAGUGAGGGGUGGCUGUUCACACAGACACCUCCAGGGGGGAAUUCUUAA